AUGGCCGAGGCAUUUGUCAAGUCUACCGUCGAGGCCCACAAGGUCGUGGUGUUCAGCAAGAGCUACUGCCCGUACUGCAAGAAGGCCAAGCAGCUGCUCAGCGCCGCAGGCGUCAAGUUCCAUGCUGUUGAGUUGGACACGAUGUCCAACGGGCCUGAUAUCCAAGCCUACCUCGAGCAGCUCACCGGCCUCAAGGGCGUGCCGAACGUUUGGGUCAAGGGCAAGCACUUUGGAGACGACGGCGAUGUCGAAGAGCAUCUCGCAAAGGACAAGAGCUUCUUUGAAUGA